CCUUCACACUCUUGCACUCGCAAGCGGACUGCCACAAUCUCUCUUGUCAAUUGAGAUCGAAGGGUACAACGGCUACAGCGGCGAUUUCCCCCACCAUGUCGUGCAGCUCUGCCGCUUCCACCAGUGCCAAAUCUGGCCUGUCGGCAAUCAGGUGCACGCACAUUCCUCAUCAAGUACCAUACCUGCUAGGCCUCUCGCUACAAGAGCAUCUCGUCUCCCGUCGAGCUCGAGCUCGCGAAUUUCUCUCGCAGCAGCCUUCCCAGGGACCUCAUUCCGGUCACAGCAAGCCUGCGGCAUCAUAUGAGCGUGCUAGUAGCAUAGCUCACACGGACCAUCUUCUCUUGCUGGAGCACACACCCGUCUACACAGAAGGACGGAGGCAAAGCUCUACGGAGCUCAGCGGCAAUGAACAAGAAGGCAACAGGCUUCGAGCUCUCGGCGCAGAUUAUGUACAGACACGGCGGGGCGGACUCGUCACGUAUCAUGGUCCUGGUCAGCUUGUAGGCUACCCCAUCUGGGAUAUAGGCGCGAUGGACCUUUCAACGCGCUGUUACGUGGAUAAGAUCCAGGCAGCCCUUACAAAGCUGCUUCACAGUGCGCCUUAUCAUCUAUCCACCGUGCCAGCGCAGUCGGACGAGACGGGCGUGUGGUCCGACAUUUCCCACAAGAUAGCCUCCAUUGGCAUUCAGGUCCGUCAUCGCAUCACCUCUCACGGCUUUGCUUUGAACGUUGGCAUGCACGUCUUGCCGUGGUUUGAACAUAUCGUAGCUUGCGGAAUAGUGGGAAAGGGCAUGACGAGCAUAGAGCGGGAAAGGGCGCUGUUGAUCAAGAGGGAAGAAGAAACUAGACCGGAUAGAGGCGCAGCCGACAGCGUCGAAGAGGGCAGAGUGAAAGCUCUAGAAGAGCAAGCUGAGAGGCAAGGGCUGGUACAGCCCCAAGACUCCGGCCGCAGAGAUCCUAGGGAGAGCGCGAAAUUGUUCGUCGGGCCAGAGUCUCGGACAAAGGUCGAAGACGUUGUGCCAAACCUGGUCCAGCACUUCAGCAGCACAUUCGGCAGGGAGAUCAUCCCUGCCCCGGCAACUCAAUUCGUCUACCAAGCAGAUGCUCAGGGAGUCUUGGCCGGUGUCACAGUCGAUGGAGAAGACAUCAAUGUAACACAAUGAAAUGCGCUAGCUGUCAGAGACAAUUCUUGGUGGCGUCUGGUGUCGGAACGAGGCCUUGAUUCUAUUGCACACUUGAUUCUCAUCCGGUCAUCACACCGCGUGUAGUACAUAGCAAGCUCGGAAGAGGAUAGCGUGCGAAUUCAGAAGCACGUGUAU